AUGUGGCAAGAUAGUGGAAACGCGUACGGCGCGUCCUCAUCGCAAAAUCAGUACUACGCCGGAGCACCACCUGCCCCGCACGGCGUUCCCCUCCAGUUCUACGCACCGAGUCCAGUGAGCAGCAGUUUCUACGGCUCGCGAACGAGUCUCGACGGAAACGUUGGCGCGCAAGGAGCAAUAUCCCAGCAGGCUGUACCACCAGGCUAUGGUGGCAACAUACAACCCGCGGGUGGUUGGUGGACGGCCUUCGGAACAGGUGGCUUUGAAGGCGAGCCACCACUGCUAGAAGAGCUGGGGAUUAACUUCUGGCACAUACGGACCAAGUCACUUGCCGUGCUUAAUCCCCUCCGCAAAGUGGACGAGCGCAUCAUGGACGAUGCGGACUUGGCGGGACCCCUGCUGUUCAUCUUAUGUUUCGGCACAUUUCUUCUACUAUCCGGAAAGCCGCAAUUUGGAUAUAUCUACGGCGUCGGCCUGCUAGGCUCGGCAUCCAUCUACACGCUACUCAACCUGAUGUCUGAGAAAGGCAUAGAUGCAUACCGCGUCGUAUCCGUGCUUGGUUACUGUCUAUUACCCAUGGUUGUGGUGGGUGCGCUGAGCGUCAUGGUCACUCUCGAUGGGUCGCUGGGUUACGUCCUAUCUAUGCUGUCAAUCCUGUGGUGCACAUACGCCGCUUCCGGCAUUUUCGUUGCCGUGCUUCGUAUGUCCGAUCAACGAUUCCUCGUAGCAUACCCUGUUGGUUUGUUGUACGGAUGUUUCGCAUUGCUCAGUGUAUUUAACGCUGGAGGAUCUGGCUCCAGGUGA